UGAUAUUUCAUUUUAUUUGUUAUUUUGUUUUUAUUUGGAAUAAAAAAAUUUCGUUUGUUUUUUUUUAAAAAGUGAAUAUUUUUAAUAAAUUCAUUAUGAAUUUAAUACAUAAUAUUUCAAAUAACAAAGUGAUUUAUGUAUAAACCAAUUAAAUACAACCUUGGAAUAAGUACAGCAGCAGCAGCAGCAAUUUUAAAUAUUGUUAAUACAAUUUUUUUAUAUUUAAAACAAAAUGGAGCCAUCAAUAUUGAUUGAUGAACGCCAAGAUAUACAAAAGAAAACAUUUACCAAAUGGAUCAAUUCACAUUUAAUCAAGACCCAGUGUACGCCGGUCAAUGAUCUAUUUUUGGAUUUAAGAGAUGGUCAUCGUUUGUUGGCCCUACUAAGUGUGUUAACAAAUACACAAUUGAAACCAGAAAAAGGUCGCAUGCGUGUACAUCAUAUCAAUAAUUUGAAUAAAGUUUUGCAAGUGAUACAGGAACAUGGUGUUAAACUUGUCAACAUAUCCAGUGAUGAUGUGGUGGAAGGCAAUCCCAAACUAAUAUUGGGCUUAAUCUGGCUUAUAGCCUUAGAGUUUAACGGACAAAAUCUAGUCAAAUCACAUUCCAGUAAUGGCGUUGAGAAGUCAUUACUCAAUUGGGCUAGACAGUUUUGUGAACCGAGAGGUUUGAAGCUUAAUGAUUUCUCCAACAGUUGGUCGGAUGGUCGUGCUUUUCUUAUGAUAUUGGAUGCUCAUCUACAGGAGGUAGAUCUUACGGCAGCCUUAACUAAACAUCCUUUGGCUAGAUUGAGAACUGCCUUCGAUUUGGCUUAUAGUUAUUUUAAAAUUGAAAAGCUAUUAGAUCCUGAAGAUGUGCACACUCACAAGCCGGAUAACAAGUCCAUACAAAUGUAUGUUAUGUGUCUGUAUCAUGCCAUGGAGACGAGAAAAUCUCUAGAGGACUCAGAAGAAUUACAGGACGAAGAUGAUAUGCAGGAAGUAUUAUUGUAUAAUGAAAAGGCGCAGGAAGCUUAUAGAGAAACUGUGAAUAUAACCGAUUUAGAUGAAAUACCUUUGGAUAGCAAUGAAGAACAACAUUCCGAUAUAAGUUCGACGGCAAAUAGUAAUACCGACUCGGGUAUUAAGACCAAAUAUCAUAGUGAUACCAUUAAGAGUAUUAUGGAUAUAGAAAUGGAUCAACCCAAAACCUUAUCUUAUCUAAUGAAAGAUGACAAGUCUAGGCCACAUAGUUUGGCCACAAAUGUUUCCAUAGAAAUCACCACCUAUCAGGCGGCUUUAGAAGCUGUUUUGACUUUACUGCUGGAAGAUGAGCAGAUUUUAUCCGAAGAGUUAAGUGAACCCACCGAUUUCCUAACAGCCAAAGCCCAGUUUCAUGAUAACGAACAAUUCAUGUUAAAACUUACCGAACAUCAGCAAUAUGUAGGCGAGGCUUUGGAGGAAGGCUCAAAUCUGAUCAACGAAUCUCAGAAAUCAGCAGGCCUUUCGCCAGAUGAUCAAAACGAGAUAAGACAACAAAUGGUUUUGUUGAAUGAAAGAUGGGAGACCUUGCGUUUGAGAGCCUUAGAUGUCCAGGCUAAGAUACUUAUGCGUUUGGCCGAGUUUCAAACUCAGCAAAUAGAAAAACUUAAGAAUUUUCUUACCAACAUAGAAGAUCGUAUUUCCUUAAUGUCCGCCCUGGGUCCUUCACUCAAAGAGGCCGAGUAUCAGAUCCAGGAAGCUCAUUUGCUUAAAGAAGAUCUUAAACAUCAACAGGAAUUGGUGGAUAGUUUGAGUAAUAUGGUAGUUAUUGUUAACGAUGAAUCGGGUAAUUUUAAUGAUUUGGAAGAUAAACUUUCGGCUUUGGGGGAAAGAUGGUCUCAUGUGGUAAAAUGGUGUGACUUAAGGCAAGAAAAGCUGCAGCAAUAUAAGUGUCUUACCAGAUGGUUAGAUACCAGAGAACAGGAUCUUAAGCAUAUGGAAAGUAAAGAUGUUACAGAUUUGGGCAGUAUUACCAAGAGAAUGAAUGAUCUGAACUAUUGUGCCAAGGAUCUUUUAGAGUUGGAGCGUUACUUAAUAGAUUUAAGACAAAUGGUGGCGGCCACACUGCAAGAGGGAGAUGUUAAGGGAGAACAAGUUUUAAUGCAGUUGGAGAACUUUGAAGAUCGGCUAGAUGCUUUGAAACAAAUAGUAGAAGUACAAACCGAAAGAAUAGAGCAAAAAGGUUUUAAAUUUGGACGCGAUCGUGCCUCCUAUGAUGAUUCACGUGUGGUGAAACCUGAUAACUGGAUAGAUUUCCAAUUUAUUAUUAAAUUUGGUGAAGAGGAAGAAGACGAAGUCGAAGAGGAAGGUGAGAGCGAUCAUGCUAAUCAUAUUAAAGAAAAAUCUCCCUUAGCUUGCAAAAAACGCAAAAUAAGAAAUUCAGAUAAUUUCUAUUUGUUGGAGGGUAAGAUUUUAGAAGCUUUCGGCUUUAUCGAUGACUGCGAGGAGCGUCUUUCCCAAAUACAAAGACAAAGUUUGCGCAACCAAUCGGAAUUUCUUAACAAAUUGGAAAAGGAAGUCAACUCUCGCAUAGACAAUACACGGGAAUUGAAAGAUCUAUAUGAAAUCUGUGAAAAAGAAGACGUAAGUCGCAAUCUUAUAAUGGAAGCUUCUCAGAUAAAGAAUAUAGAACAGCGUUACCAACAGUUGAGAAAUACCUUGGAAAAGCAAGCCCGAGAUUGUUUAAAAUUAUUGGAGAAAGAAAAAUUCUAUAAUAGUUUGACAGGUUUCAAAUUGGUUUUAGCCGAUUCCCGCGACUGGUAUAAACAACAUUCCAAUACGGCUUCUAAAGCCGAUCUUGAGCAAAGACUUAGUGAUAUGGAGUCUUUAACCAUGGAGAUACAACAGGCUAAAGAGAAAACUAAUUCUCUUACUGAAGACCUGCAAGAAUGGAAGCAGGAUUUUAAUAUAUUCUAUGAAUCCUGGAAUGAUAUGAAAAAGGCCAUUAUUACACUCAUACAAGAGAAAGGAGGUCUGGAUGAGGUUCAGGAAAAGUUGCAAAACUUACAAGAAUUUGUUAGCAAAGUACAAGAAACCCAAAUGGUGGUGGACUCUUUGGAACCUAUGCAAAAGAGACUUAAGCAAUUAAAUAAAAUUAAUGAUGAUUUAGAUAACCUCAGAGAGGACUAUGAUUUCAUCAAACAAAGAAGACCCGACUCUUUGAGUUCGGAAUUCCAAGAGAAAUGGCUGAAAGCUCAAGAACAAAUCAAUGAAAGAAUUAUUAAACAAACUACCGCCAUCGAAAAUCUAAAUCAUUUCACCGCCGAGUAUAAUGCCAUCAUGGCGGUAUUAAGAAAACUAGAAGCCAAUCUUAAGGAUGAGGAGAACUUCAAUGAAGAUUGCAAAACCAGCAACAGCACCACGGAAGCACAAAACUCCAUGGAAUUGCGCAAAGUAGAGAUAGAUGUUAUCAGUGCUCGCAAUUUCAGUGAAAUCAUAAUCAAAGAUGCUCAACCUCAACAUCGGGAACAUUUGAUGACGCAAAUUAAAGAACUUAAUGAGUUCUUUGUACAAAUCCAAGCACUCCAUAAAGAGAAUUUGCAAAAGAAGGUACAAGUGCAGGCCCAAACUGAGGAAAUAUUCGAAAGACUUAUACAAACCGAAAAAUGGCUGGAUGAUCUACACACAAAUACCCCAAAAACCUCUAUCGGAGAAAUACAAAACUCCAAUGAGUUGUUCCAUCUGAAAACAAAAUUCCAGGCUCUGAAAGAGACCUGCGAAAAGGAAUCGGUGAAUUUUAGAGAAUUAAAUGAAUUGGGAGGAGAAUGCUUAUUGCAAAUUGAUGAAUUGAAAUCGAGAGGAGUGGAAAACGUAGACGAGAAAUACAAUAUGUUGGCGAAGAAGUUUACCCGUUUAAAUGCCCGCUGGACGGAGGUAACGGCUUUGGUGUAUAAGAAAUGUGCUCUGCUCGAGCAUAUCUCUACUCAACUUGGUGAAUUUAAGAAAUUCAUGGUUUCUGAAUCGGGUUAUUUGGAUCGUUUGGAGAAUAAGAUGCGCUCAACGCCAGAAAAUGCCGAUGCUGAGGAAAUCAUUGAGGAAUUAGACGAUUUAGAGAACGUCCUACGAGGACAUUCUGACGAUUGGUUGGAAAAAAUUCAAGAAAUUGGUCACGAACUAAUUACCCAUGAAUUUAUGGCCGACUCUAUACGCCAAGAGAUCAAUACCAUAGUCGAACGUUGGACCCAACUACAACAGAAAGCCAAACAACGAGCCGAAAUACUCGAACAAGAGGUAAACGAAGCCAAACAAUCCGAAAAAUGUGUCGAACAAUUUGAAUCGUGGUUAACACGGGUCGAUGAAAUCCUCAGCGAACAUUUGGAAAAUGAUGUGACCAUAGAAGAUUUGCCCGACGAUUUUCAACAACUGGCCAUGGAAUUUAAAGAGAAUGAAAAGUGUUUCCAGGAAAUUGAUGACCUAAUAGCAGAGCAUCAACGUAAUGGUAAGGUGGAGGCGGCCAAUCGUUUACAGGAUCAAUUAAAUUUGCUGGAAUUGCGUUAUAAAUCUUGCCAAUUGAAAUUGAAUAAAUGUACGGCUCCGCAACCGGCCUAUGAGUCGCGUUUAAAUAGAGCAGUGGCUGAAUUGAGAAAUGUAGAAAGAUCAACUUUGGUUUUAGAUGUAGCCACUGCUGGUCCUUCAACCGUGCAAGUGCAAUAUCAAAAAUGUUUGCAAAUCUAUAGGACUUUAUCGGAAAUAAAACCGGAAAUCGAAAGCACUAUAAAGACUGGCCGCAAAGUAUGUGAGGAUAAAUUUACCAAGUCCCCCAAACAGUUAAGUCAAAGAAUAGAUGCUCUCAAACACCUCUACAAUGCUUUGGGAGAAAAUGUCACCCAAUCGAAGAUCUUUUUGGAGGGACUAAUUAAACUAGCUCAACAAUUAGAUGAAUGUUUUGAAAUAGCCGAAGAGUUAACCCGUAAAUUUGAAGGUCAUCAAGAAAUCCACAAUCGUAACUCUAUAUUCUUAGAAUUUGAAAGUAUUCUACAGAAAUGUGAAGAUAUUUAUGAGGAAUAUGCCAAAUCUUGUGAUCAAGUGUGCAUGGAAGAUACACGUCAAAAGAUUGAUGAUCUCAAGGUAACUUACUUGAAGCUAACCAGUGCUGAUGUGAUAAAACGUUUAACGGAAAUGAAAACGACCUUACAAAAUCUAGACAAUAUAUCAUUGGAUACCUUAAGGGCCAUGGAACAUGAUUUGAAACAGAUUAAUGUACCCUCAAAUCCGGAAAUUGAAAAGUUGCAACAACAGGUUAUAGCCAUCGUAGUGGAAUGUUUGAAUACGCGUUUUGAAACUAAAACCAGUUUGGAGAAUUUACUGGUGGUGCCUACAAGUCCCAAUUCUAAUCCUAAAGAUGAAGAUACCGAAAUAGUGAUAGUUAGCGAUACGGUAAGACAAAGAAGAGCACGUACACCUUCUUCUAAUUCCAAUUCACCCACCAAGGAGGUGAAUGAUUCAGCUAAUAGUUCUGCUAACACAACUCCACUAAAACCACAGGUGGGUUCAGAAAAUUUUGUGAGUGGUAAAUCUUCCCAACAAGUGUUGCCGGAUUUGUUGCCACCACAAACCUUCCGUUUAGCUGAAACCAGUGCUCUCUUCUCACAGAUUUCGAAAAAUCCCCACCAAAUGGAAACAGAUGUACCUCCGCCCAAACCCAGCAAACGUAAGAGUGCUGAUACACCUGCACAAAUGGUAGAGAUUAAGGUGAAGAAUAUCAACAGUGAUAAAAUGUCGGUGCAUAUGUCGGGAGAUAUGGAGCAGCAGCAAGGUGAAAUUGUGGACACCGUUAAUAUAUUGGAAUCAGUAGAACCUUUUGUACCCGAAUAUGUGGAAACAGUGCAAAUUGUGGAUUUAUCUGAAGAUUCAGAUUCUUCUCUGAGAGUAGACACCGAGGGAAAAGAAGUCAAAAGAAGUAAAAGUAAACGCUCGCUUUGCGACUCUCCUAGACCAGUUCUAGAAGAAAAUGAUUUAGAAGUCGAACUAAGACCCACUUUUCAACAAACCAGUACUCCCAUUUUAAGGGUCGAAAAGCAAAGAAUAUCAUUUGAAGAGAAACGCAAACGAGUGGAAAAAGAACGUGAUAUCUUAAGAGACUCUGAGGAAGAAGGAGAUGCCAAUACAACGGGCAAUUUUAAACAACCCAAAGCCAAAAGAUGGCGUCAACUACAAAUGGCUAUGGAAGAGUUGGAUAAUAGCAUGGCUGAACAUGAAGUUCGUGAUAGUUUCUAUAGCCCUGAUAAGGAUUUAAGUUUUGAAGUAGAACCUUUGGUCUUUUCCGAUGAUGAAGAUAUACCCAGAUUUUCUAUGGAAAUGACUCAACCUUUUGACUCGGAUAGUGAUACGAGUCGCAUUGAAACCCCCACCGCUAAAAAACCCAAUGCGUUUUCUAGUAAAAUCUUGCCUCAAUCGCCCUCUUUGGAUGAUUCCAAUAUUACAUUGAAAAGCCCCUAUGCCGAUAUAGCAAAACCUUUUUCCAAUACUGGCAGUUUAGAACAACGAGUUUUGGAGUUCGAAAAGAGUGCCAAAUAUAUGAUGGGCAAAUUGGAGAAAACUAAAGAGAAAAUUGAAAAGUGCUCAGAAGGAGAAAGAGCCGUUGAGGAUUUAAAAAUGCUUAUAGCACCCGAUGCUGCUACCUUAAUUUCCCAGGGAGAUUCUUUGGUCUUAGAGACUCAUGGCAAACAGGGCUCUUUAUCGCGUGUGGUCAUGAAAAGUCAAAUUAUUUUACGAGAGAAAUUUCGUGAAGUGCAACAGUCUAAAUCUAAAGUUUAUCCUGCUAAUAGAGAUGGUUCUAAUACACAUUCCUCUUUGGAUAAGGUUAGCAUGAAAGGCAUUAAUUUGGAGGAAUUGAUUGUCAAAGGUUUAAAACGCAUCAAAGACUUAAUAGAACGUCCUGUUGAUCGCAAAUCGGUGGAAGAUUUGGAGAAGCGUUUAUCGGAAAUUAGUGAUCGUCGUGACGAUUUAAAAUUGAUUGUUAAUGCCAUUGGCAAAAGUGAACAAAUGCCGAAAGUUAGUACAAUCAUGAUGAAUGAUAUUGAAACGACUAAAAACAAUUUGCAAACACAUGCUGAUACGGUGGAAUUAUCUUUGACAGAAUUGAAAUCGAAUGCUAAAGUUAAUAACACUAAUGGCAGUAGAGACUAUAACGAAGAACCCAGUGGUACGGGUGCUUUAGCUGGCAGUUUUGAUAAGUCGGUUUUACAAAUAUCCGAUUGGUUGACGUGGGAACAAAACAUGAUCAAAAUACAAAGUGUGCCUGUCCAUGAUGUUGAUGAGGUACGCAUGGCCAUAGAAAAGCAAGAGAAAGUUUUACGUGAAUUGAAAAUGAAAAAACCACAACUGAAUGAAUUGGUACACACCGCUGAGGUAUUAAAAGGAGACAUUAAACGUCAGCAGUUGCAGGAGAAGGAAUUGAAACAAUUUUCUUUAGCACCGCAUUGUUCAGCCGAUUUGGACUAUAUGCGUUGUUGUUUGAAAGUUACCCGUUUAAGGGAGCACUGGGAUGAGACUUCACAAUGUGUUCUUCAAAGAGCGGCUCAGCUGAAAAACAUGCUCAGUGAUUCACAGAGAUAUGAAGCUAAACGUUUGGAGCUUGAGAAAUGGUUACAACGUAUGGAAGCUAGAGCUGAACGUAUGGGUACCGUUGCCACUACUGCUGACAUAUUAGAGGCUCAACAAAAGGAACAAAAGUCCUUCCAUGCUGAACUCCAUCAAAAUAAACCACAAUUCGAAAUCUUCAAUCAGUUGACCCAAAAACUCAUAGCCGUUUAUCCGGCUGAUGACACCACCCGUAUAAAGAAAAUGACCGAAGCCAUAAAUCAAAGAUAUUCCAACUUAAAUAAUGGUGUCAUUAAUCGCGGCAAACAAUUGCACGCCGCUGUUCAUAGUCUACAAUCGUUUGAUCGUGCCAUGGAUCAAUUUUUAGCUUUCCUCUCUGAAUCGGAAUCAUUGUGUGAAAGUGCUGAAGCUGAAAUUGAACGUAAUCCGUUAAUGUUUAAGGAUUUACAAUCGGAAAUUGAAACACAUCGUGUGGUUUAUGAUCGUCUCGAUGGCACAGGACGUAAACUUUUGGGUUCACUCACCUCCCAAGAAGAUGCGGUAAUGUUACAGCGUCGUUUGGAUGAAAUGAAUCAACGUUGGAAUAAUUUGAAAUCAAAAAGUAUUGCAAUCAGGUAA